AUGGACCGCGACGAGACAACGCCCCUUCUCAACAGCGAGAAUCAACACACGCCCGAGCCGGGAAGCACUACGAGAUUACCAUGGAAGCUUCUUCCUCAAUGGUCCCAGUCCCAAUGGCGCGUGAUCCUUGUAUCAGUUUUGCUCAUGCUUGCCCUCAAUUUCGGCAACAACUUGGGAGCCCCUGCGCAACUCCAGGUCAUGGAAGACAUCAUUUGCAAAAACCACUUGCGAUCAAUUAAUCCAAACGCAACCGUCACAGCCAUGGCGGUAUACGACGACAUCUGCAAAUCGCCCGCCGUGCAGAGCGAACUUGCGCUCGUAAACGGGUGGAAAUACACCUUUGAUGUUCUGCCAUCCAUCGCUUUGGCCCUACCGUACGGUGUGUUGGCAGACAAAAUCGGGCGAAAACCAGUAUUGAUAAUGGCACUUUUCUCGUUGGUGGCUUGCGAACUUUGGACGAGAAUAGUCUGCUGGUUCAAUCUACCUAUUCGCACGGUCUGGAUGGCUGGACUGUUUCAACUCUUAGGAGGUGGCGAAGCAAUGGCGACAUCGAUGCUUCUGACUCUAGUUGCGGAUGUGAUUUCACCAGAACAGAGGAGUACUACACUGAUCCAGAUGGCGUCAGUAGUAUACUUUGCCGAAAUGGUAGGGACUCCACUUAGUGCGUGGAUGAUGAAGUUCGAUGCAUGGAUUCCAUUCUGGCUUGGUAUUAUUAUCAUGGCUGUCGGUGCGUUUGUGGGGUUUUUCAUGCCGGAGACGCUUGACGUGAGACAUGAUAUCCAGGAGGAUGUAUUUGAAGAUAAUGCGCGGGACGUGGACGAGACUUCACAUUUGUCAGGCAUAAAGAAUUGCACGACCAUGGACACGGUCUUCAGCAAAGCGCAGGAAUUGAUCUCUUCUUCGAGGUUCAUAUGGACGCAGCCCCGUUUGCUAGUUUGCAUUGUCGCUGUCUUUGCCGGCAACCUUGAUAAAGCGUCGGCGUAUUUGCUCAUCCAAUAUAUAUCGACGAAAUUUAACUGGACUAUUUCUCGGGCAAGCUAUCUAAUGUCACUAAAAGGCUUCAUGUCACUUGGAACCAUGCUUCUUGGCGUACCCUUGUUUUCAUCCUUCCUGACCCGGACCCUCCGCUAUGACGCGGUUGCAAAAGAUCUAUGCAUCUCUCGAGUAUCUGCAGCGCUGGGCGUGGCGGGAUACUUUAUUAUCUUUGCGGCAGCAUCGGCGCCCUUGUUAACCGUGGGAUUGAUGUUCAUGACACUCUCUCUACCGUUUGUCUGGUCGAUGAUAGGCGUGGGGACGUCGUUUCUGGCGUCCAAAAACCAGAUUGCAACCUUUUACUCGGCAAUAUCGGUGUCGAGGUCGAUUGGGAAUGUGGUUUCCGGACCCCUGUUUGGGAGUCUGUAUGGAUGGGGCGUGCGCUCAGGGCUCGAAUGGUCGGGGCUGCCAUUUGCUGUGGCAUCACUGACUCUACUCAUGACGCUGGGCCUGAUUACCUGCAUCAGAGCGUAG